AUGUCUGUCGCACCUGUUCCUCCACAGGACUUUGAGUUUGAUGAUGAGUUUGAUCCUGAGCAUGAGAUUGACUUCGUUCCUGACGAUCAGCUUUUUGAUGUACCCGCUGAUCUUGAGCUGGCACCAGCUGACCCUGAGCCUAUGCUUGCACCCGAGCCUAUACCUGCACAUGAUCCUCUGCCUAAGCAUGACCAUGUACCUGUUGACAUACUUGUUGUUGCACCACCCUUACCUGACCCGAUCUCUGCACCUGUUGACCAUGCUCAUUUUGCUGCUCAGAUAGAUCUCCGUUACGCAUUCACCCGCAAUGGGUGGAUAGAGGACGAUGAUGACUUGCCUCCUUUUGUUAGGACUGUUACUCCCCCACCUGCACCCACUCAUGCACCUGUCGACAUUGCCCCGUUUCACCCACAUGUGUCAGAUAUACACCACACAGACUUGCCGAUCACAUUCUUACAGGAUAUCCCUCCACCCCGUCCAGGGGAAGGUCCAUCGAGUCAGCAGCCCAGUCAUAUUCCUCCUGUGUCAGCAGCUUUUCCCUUUGUGCCUCAGCUUUCACAUACUGCUCCUUCUGCUUCUGCACCAUCGGGCGAGCCACUGAUUUGGUUUCCGCCCAACACGAUGCCUGUUUCUGAUCCAUACCAUCCUUCACAUUACACUGGUUACACGAGGGAUGAUCUGCUUUUGUCGUUAUAG